AGAUAGGAGGAGGAGCAGGAGGAGGGUUGUCGUCGAGCAACAACAAUGGGAACUACCCCACAACUACUAAUGCAAAAAAAAAUGUGGAACCAAAAAGGCAAAACGGUGUGGAGCCGAUGACACCUCAUGCCCCACUCAUUAAGAAAUCACGACUGGAUUCGCGUGCUUCCUCCUCCCCACCCUUCAAGGUGAGAAAAGAGAAAUUAGGAGAUAGAAUUGCGGCCCUUCAACAGUUAGUAGCACCUUUCGGCAAGACAGACACAGCAUCCGUACUAAUGGAGGCUAUUGGGUAUAUCAACUUUCUCCAAAAUCAAGUUCACACUCUAAGCUUUCCAUAUAUGAAACCAUCUCGCAACCAUGCCUGCAAUAGAGCCAUCAUAGGGGGUUCUCAGCAACAAGAAGACAAUAGUGGGAGUGAAGAAACAGGCAAGAUGAGUACAAGUCUUAGGAGCAGAGGGCUUUGCCUUGUGCCAUUGUCAUGCUUGUCUUACAUUAUUCCAGACACCGGUGGUGGCAGUGGCGGUGGCAGUGGUUUCUGGCCUCCCCACACCUUUGGCGACUCUUAAAUCAAACUAAACACGCACCUGGCGGGCGCGCGUGCAGCUCGAUCCAUGAUCUCUUCUCCGACCUUCUUAUUGAUUACAAAAUAAUAAUAAUAAUAAUUAGAUGAUAAGCUAAUUAUUUUUAUUUGGUAUACUACUAUGAAAGUUGUUGUAGCUAGCCAUGCCAUGCCAUGCUAAUUAAUGGAGCAAGCUUGGUCAUUCUCUAUAUAUGGCAUGCACAUUUAGAAGAUGCAUAAGCCAUGUAAGGAUGGACCAAGUUUGAUCCAUUUAAAUUAAUAUUGGCUUUAUAUUUCUCCGUACCACUACUAUUAAUUAGUACUAUCAAACAUAU